AUGGCGAUGAAGGACAAAUGGAUGAAUAACGGAUACGAAGACAACCCUCUUACACCAUUUGUUGAGCCAGAAGCGGAUCUCAAUGACCCAGUUAGAAUAGAAAUCAUGGUAAAUAUGGGCUUCUCUCGUGAAGAAAUCGUCACUAGCCUCCGUCAGGGUGCCUUUGAUGACAUAACCGCCACCUACUAUCUUCUAGGCCGGCGCAACUCUUCUCUAGAGCCUGACUCUAGAAUCGGCUCCAACCUCUCUCUUAGGUUGGUCUUCUUUAUGUGUAUAAGUGGUUAUUGA